CACGCGUCACGGCCUCGGCCGCAGCCACAGUUCCCAACACCGCCUACUUCUCUUUCUUCUCUUCUCCUCAUCUCUCAUCCAGCAUGGACGACUACAACAACGAGCGGCAGUCGUACAACCGCCCCCCGGGCGCGCCUCCUGGCCACGGGUACGGCCAGCAGGGCGGCCGCUAUGAGCAGGAGGGUCACUACGAGCAGCAGCAGGGCUUUGGCCAGCACCAGCAGGGUGGCCGCUACGAGCAGGAGGGCUAUGGCCAGCAGGGCAGCCACGGCGGCCGCUUCGAGCAGGGCUACGGCCAGCAACAGGGCGGGCGCUACGACCAGGAGCAGCAGUUCGGCGCUGGCGGCCACAGCGGCCAGCAGGGCACAUUUGGGCAGCGCCCGCAGCAGGGCUUCGGCCAGCCGCAGGUGCACCAGGCCGCGCAGCCCGGCGUGCCGCGGCCGGCGGCCAACGACGCCGGCGACGACUUUGAGUCGUUCGCCAACUUCCGCCCCGGCGGCAGCGCGGACAUGGGCGGCGUCGACCCCUCCAUGCACCAGCAGCAGCUCGGCGGCGGCAACCACGCGGGUAUCGGUCGCCCGAACUGGCGCCCGCCGACCGACUCGGCAGCCAUGCACAAGCAGAAGUUCCAGUACUCGGCGUGCACGGGUCGCCGCCGCGCCCUGCUGAUCGGCAUCAACUACCGCGGGCAGAAGGGCGAGCUGCGCGGCUGCAUCAACGACGUGAUCAACCUGCGCAACUUCCUGCAGAAGCACGGCUACGACCACGACGUGACGGUCCUCACCGACGACCAGAACGACCCCAACAUGCUCCCGACCAAGGCCAACAUCCAGCGCUGGAUGAGCUGGCUCCACACUGACGCCGGCUCGGGCCACGGCGUCCAGGUCCAAGUGGACAACCAGGCUGAGGCGGACGGUCUCGGCGAGGCCAUCUGCCCCCUCGACCACGAGCAGGUGGGCAUGAUUCUCGACAUGGAGAUCUACCAGCGCCUCGUCAAGCCCCUCCCGGCCGGCUGCCGCCUCACGGCCAUCUUUGAUGCGUGCCACUCUGGCAGCGCGAUGAACCUGCCCUACAUGUACUCCACCAAGGGUACAGUCAAGGAGCCCAACUUUGCCGCGGACGGCGCCAAGGCCCUGCUCAAGGCUGGCAUGGGCUACGCCAAGGACGGCAACACGGGUACGGCUAUGAGCUCGCUCUUCGGGGCGGCCAAGUCGAUGUUCAAGGAGAAGCAGGCGGGUGACCUUUUGCGCGAGCAGAACACGAGCGAGGCGGAUGUCAUCUCGUGGUCGGGAUGCAAGGACGACCAGACGUCUGCCGACACGACCGAGGAGGGCCAGGCGACCGGCGCCAUGUCGUACGCCUUCGUCAAGGCGCUCACCAACAAGCCUGAGCAGAGCUACAUCGAGCUCCUGCAGGCUGUGCGCAAGGCCAUGGUUGAGGGCGGAUACACGCAGAAGCCGCAGCUGUCCGCGUGCCACCCCAUCGACACCGACCUCGACUUUGUUGCCUGAUCCAUAGUCCGAGCCCGUCAGUAGAAGUCUAGUAAACACGCGUCCAUCCACAGUCCUAGUAUCCGCUCCAGUCUAGCC